AUGGCUACAGUAUCACCGUUCGCGCGCUCUAGCGCAUUUGAAGAGUCUCGUGUUGGUGGUCGCGAGCAGACUAUCGAAGAGAUGUACAGUGUUCCGGAGAGCUUCCUCGAGAUUGAGGUUCGGAAUCCACAGACUCAUGGCUUCGGGAGGAAGAUGUUCACCGACUAUGAGAUCGUUUGCAAGACGAAUAUCCCCGCCUUCAAACUUCGUCACUCACUUGUACGAAGGCGAUACUCUGACUUCGAGGCCUUCCGAGACAUACUUGAGCGCGAGAGUACUCGCGUGAACAUCCCUCCAUUGCCGGGCAAGGUGUUCACCAACCGCUUCUCGGACGAGGUCAUUGAGUCGCGGCGGGAAGGUCUCGAGCGCUUCCUCUCGGUGGUUGCUGGACAUCCCCUUCUCCAGACAGGAAGCAAGGUUCUGUGCGCCUUCUUGCAGGACCCUGGCUGGGAUAAGUCGCAGUGGCUCUAA